AUGCCGGACGACGGCGAUGGCUGCAUCCCCGCCACGCAGGGGGACAGCGUGAAACAUCCGGGCUUCUCAGACACGCUUCGGCCACCAACUCCGAUCGCACAUAACAUCGGUUCUUGCGCUAGUCUGGACGCCAACCGAGCCUUGGCUUCAGCCACCACAAACCCCGACCAGCCUCCCGUUGGACCCCAGCGCUUCUCGAAGACCCAGCGAACCUACACUACAUACGCCAGCGCCUCGCUUUUCAACGUCCCGCUCCCGCAUCAAUGA